UGUUCCAUUCUGGUGGCUGCGAGAGCGGGGGAGAAAAGGACAGGCAAGCUGGCAGAGCGGGCCGUUAUGACUGGAACUAUCCGAGUGGCGGACGGAGACCUGUAACUACUCACCUCGCUGGCCGCGACACCGCAGCGGCCCGGCUCGCUUCCCCCCUCCGCCUCCCGGCCGCGGUGAACGGGUUGGGGGAGGCUUGGCGCCCCUCCGCUGGGCAGUGGUAGGAGGCCGCGGCGGCUGCGCGUUGAGUAGUUUCCUGCUGAACGGAGCUAGCCUGCUUCUCUGUUGCGGGACGAGAUCGGUGUAGCCAGUCAGUGUCUGCUGUUCCCGGAGGACUGGUGCGCGACUCGUUCUGGCUGGCCUUUUCAAAGUACAGGAAUAAUGCUGAAAGGAAUGAGAAGACUUAUCUCUAAGGUCCAUAAGUUGGACCCUGGACAUGUUUUGCACAUGGGGACCCAGGCACCCCAAAGCCUUGCUGCUCACCUGGAUAGCCAGGUUUCAGGUCAGAGUCCCAGAGCUAUUUCCCGCACCAGUGAAAAUGACCCGGCCAAGCAUGAAGAGCAGCAUGAGGGCCAGCACUACAGCCUUCCCCUCCAGGACAUGAAGACUAUAUUCCCCCAUGGCCUGCCUCCUCGAUUUGUAAUGCAGAUGAAGACAUUCAAUGAAGCUUGCCUGAUGGUCAGGAAACCAGCCCUAGAGCUUUUGCAUCACCUAAAAAACACCAAUUUUGAUCACCCAGCUGUACGAUACGUUCUCUAUGGGGAGAAGGGAACAGGAAAAACCCUCAGUCUUUGCCAUAUUAUUCAUUUCUGUGCAAAACAGGACUGGCUGAUACUGCAUAUUCCAGAUGGUCAUCUUUGGGUGAAGAACUGUCAGGAUCUUUUGCAGUCCACCUACAACAAACAGCGCUUUGAUCAACCUUUAGAGGCUUCGGUCUGGCUGAAGAAUUUCAAAACUGCAAAUGAACGCUUCUUGAGUCAGAUAAAAAUUCAAGAGAAGUAUGUCUGGAAUAAACGAGAAAGCGUUGAGAAAGGCAGCCUUCUGGGAGAAGUAGUCGAGCAGGGCAUAACACGGGUGCGGAAUGCCACAGAUGCCGUUGGGAUUGUGCUCAAAGAGCUAAAGAGGCAAAGCUCUUUGGGCAUCUUUCGCCUCCUGGUGGCAGUGGAUGGAGUCAAUGCUCUCUGGGGAAGGACCACACUGAAAAGAGAAGAUAAAAGCCCAAUCGCUCCAGAGGAACUAGCGCUUAUUUACAACUUGAGGAAAAUGGUGAAAAAUGAUUGGCACGGAGGUGCCAUCGUGCUGACUCUGAGCCAGACUGGGUCCCUUUUUAAGCCCCGGAGAGCCUGUCUGCCUCAGGAGCUGCUGGGAAAGGAAGGAUUUGAUGCCCUUGACCCUUUUAUUCCUAUCCUGGUUUCCAACUAUAAUCCAAAAGAAUUUGAAAGUUGUAUUCAGUAUUAUUUGGAAAACAGUUGGCUCCAACAUGAGAAAGCUCACACAGAAGAAGGGAAAAAGGAACUGCUGUUCCUAAGUAAUGCGAAUCCCGGGCAGCUGGAGCGGCUCUGUGCCUACCUCUAAGCCGAAGUCACAACAUAGGUGGAAGACCAGGGGAACUCCCUUUAAGAGACCCGUCAGACAGGAAGUCCCACAGCACACACAAGGAGCUCACGGGGCUGGACAGGGCUGCGGUCGGCUCCCACCCCUCGCUGGAAUCAUUUCCUUCUAACGUGACUAUAAUGGGAAUGAGACAUCCUCUUUUUCCUGAAAUUAAUGUCAGUUUAUUGUAUGUGGUUUUCACAUUUUCAUUAACCCAUGAAUCUUUUCCCUAUAAUUAAAUUAAGUUUCUUUCUUAAA